AUGUGUAUUGAUGAGGAAUACUUUCUCGAUGGAGAUAUUGAUUGUCAAGAUCAAUCAGAUGAACAACGUCAUUCAAUUUAUGCUGUUACAAGCUUAUGUUUCGCUCGGCCCAAAUUGGAUUGCGAUGAAAGAAUAUUAGAAAAAAAAGACCAAAUUUCGUGCGGUGAUGGAUCACACGUAUCUUUUAAACAACAAUAUCGACAAGCGUCAAUGUCCACUACUCUUCAAACUUGCUACUCAUUUCGCGAGAGACAAUGGAAAUGUGAACUAAAUUAUCGAGAGAUCAUGUGGACAAAUCCAGAGAAUGGCCAUUGUUUUGACUAUGUUGAUAACACAACAAAUGUGCUAAAAGAAAAAAAUGAUUGUAUCUUCAUUCACAAAUGUGCAUUAACUAGACAAGGUCAACAUUAUUUGUGUCCGUGUACAGGUAAUGGUUGUCGUACUCAUUUCUAUCGCUACUGUGGUUCAAAUAAUGUCUCAUUAUUUGCUUAUCCGUCUGGACGUAUAUUCACGCCAUUUGUUGAGACUUAUUACAAAAGCAAUGAGCACAAUUUUGAUCGUAAUAAAUGGCCAGAUGCUUUUAUUUUCACUCGUAGUAUUAAAUGUAAUAAUGAAAUGCGAGCAACGCCGGAUAUAACAAACCAGAAAGAUUGGCUCCACACGGAAGAUGUAGUAGUCAGAUCUGUAAGAGUAUAUAGUGCUCAUCCAUUAGAAGUGCUUUUGUGUAAGAGGCAUGAAUCUAUCAAUGCGAAUCAAACGAACUAUGGAAUUUGUUGGAAUGACUCGUAUCCCAAUCAAGCUAAACAUUGCCCAGAUUCAAUACCAUAUAAUUGUAUCUCAAAAUAUCAUGUCAAAGAUGGCUUUCAUGAUUGUGCACGUGGGGGAGAUGAGACAAUGGAUAAUUGGUUUGAAGAUUAUUCAUCAAUUCAGAAACAUCGUCUUCGAUGUUCAGAAACUGAACAAACUUGUUUGACAGUCUUGUCAAUUGGAGAUAAUCGUCCCGGUUGUGUCAUCAAAAUAUUAGCUCUACUCGUUUUGAUCAUCAAUGAUACAGCAACAGUUCUCGAUCGUCAUGAAGUUCAUUUUAUAUCAGCGCUUGACAAUUUUAAAGAGAAACAGAAAUUCUAUUUUGUUUAUCCUCAACCUCAUCAAUUACGAUCAAGUACGCAUCGUUAUACAGUUCGUUUCGAAGCAUAUCAAUUGAAUGAAGAUGAGAGUAUUGAAUUUCUAGCUGUUUGGAUCUAUCCAGUUCCAUUUAAUUUUUUGCCAUCACAACGUCUCGCUAAAGUGUUAAAAUAUACUCAACAAGCACAACUCGAACCAAACCAUACAUGCUUAUCAAAAACCAAACCAUGCUUGAAUGAAGGCAGGUGUCAUCCAAUUAUGAAUAAGUUGAGCGACAUUCAUUCAUAUUGGUGUGAAUGUGGAAACAGUUCAUAUGGUUCUCAUGGUGAAUUCAAAGAUCAAUCUUGUUUUAUCAUUCCAACAAAACUGUGA